CGUUGGACCAAACUAGCAGCUUCCUCUGAGUGAGUCCAGCUACAGGAGAGAAAAGUGGAAAACUCCAACACUGCUGCUUCAAGCUGCUGACGCUCCACACACUGAAUCUUCACUCACAGACUCAAUGGCUUCCAGAUCAGAGGAGGAUCUCUGCUGUCCGGUCUGUCAGCAGGUCUUCAGAGAUCCUGUUCUUCUGUCAUGUAGCCACAGCUUCUGUAAAGACUGUCUGAAGAGAUGGUGGAGAGAGAGACCAACACACGAGUGUCCAGUUUGUAAGGAAUUAUCAGUGCAAGAUCCACCUUUAAACCGAGCUUUAAAGAACCUGUGUGAGUCGUUCUUACAGGACAGAGAUCAGAGAGCUUCAGAGACUCUCUGCAGUCUGCACUCUGAGAAACUCAAACUCUUCUGUCUGGACCAUCAGCAGCCAGUGUGUCUCGUCUGCAGAGACUCAGAAAAACACACCAAUCACAGAUUCAGACCCAUCGAUGAAGCUGCACAACAACACAAGAAGUUACUUCAGAAAACUCUGGAGCCCUUAAAGAAGAAGUUAAAGGUUUGCAAACGAGUUCAAGUGAAGUUUGAUCAAACAGCAGAACACAUUAAGGUCCAGGCCCGACACACAGAGAGGCAGAUUAAGGAGCAGUUUAAGAAGCUUCAGCAGUUUCUAGCAGAGGAAGAGGAGGCCAGGCUGGCUGCACUGAGGGAGGAAGAGGAGCAGAAGAGUGGGAUGAUGGAGGAGAAGAUGGAGGCUCUGAGCAGAGAGAUAGCAGCUCUUUCAGACACAGUCAGAGCCACAGAGGAGGAGCUGAGAGCUGAAGACGUCUCAUUCCUGCACAACUACAAGGCUGCAGUGGAAAGAGUCCAGCGCUGCCCCCUGCUGGAUGAUCCACAGCUGCCCUCAGGAGCUCUGAUAGACCAGGCCAAACACCUGGGCAACCUGACCUUCAACAUCUGGAACAACAUGAAGGACAUGGUCUCCUACACUCCUCUCAUCCUGGACCCAAACACUGCUCAUCCAAACCUCAUCCUGUCUGAAGAUCUGACCAGUGUGAGAGGAGGAGGAGAGAGGCAGCAGCUUCCCGAUAAUCCAGAGAGGUUUGACUAUUAUAAAUCUGUGAUGGGCUCUGAGGGCUUUAACUCAGGGACUCACAGCUGGGAUGUUGAGGUUGGAGUCAGUACAUGGUGGAGACUGGGUGUGUUAGCAGAGUCUGUGCAGAGGAAGGGAAGCAUAAAGUCUGGAUUGUGGGGAAUAAUGUUCUAUGAAGGUAAAUAUUCAGCAGGUUCUCCAUCAGCUCCUCUCACUGCUCUCUCAGUACAGAAGAAGCUCCAGAGGAUCAGAGUGAAUCUGGACUGGAACAGAGGAAAGCUGUCGUUCUCUGAUCCUGAUACUAACACACACAUACACACCUUCAGACACACUUUCACUCACAGGAUGUUUCCAUACAUUUACACUGUUGAUGAAGUGAAGUUGUGUCCCUUGAAGGUGUCAGUGUCAGUGGAGCAGAUGAGUUGAGGAUGAUGAUGUUUCUAA